AUCAUAAUAAAGUCACGAUAUAAAAAUUGAAUAACCCGGGUACAUUUUAAAAUUACACAAUGAAAGUGAUGUGUAUAACAAAUUAGAAAAAGUGCUCAAACCUUAAAAAUAUCAAUUUAGUAAUGGAUGAUAUUCAGAAAAAUGACGAAAGGACUGAAAAUUUUUAUUCCGACGCUGCCAACUACUGGUCUAAAGUCCCAGCCACAGAGGAUGGAAUGUUAGGAGGAUUUGGGUUCAUUUCGAACACAGAUAUCGAAGGGUCGGAAUUAUUUCUAAGAUCAGCCUUCAAGUUAAAAAAUCCUCCAAGAAAAGAAUAUGCUUUAGACUGUGGUUCUGGAAUUGGCAGAAUAUCAAAACAUCUACUUACCAAACACUUCAAAAAAGUUGAUUUGGUUGAGCAAAAUUCCGAGUUUCUAGAAGCAGCAAAAACUUACCUCGCUGGUCGUACAAAAAGAGUUGGGGAAUUUUUUCCCAUAGGUCUGCAAAACUUUUGUCCUGAAGUAGGGAAGUAUGAUGUCAUAUGGUGUCAAUGGGUUUUAGGACAUCUACAAGAUGACGAUUUUAUAAAAUUUUUCAGCCACUGUCAGGCAGGACUCAAAGAGAAUGGCGUGGUAAUAGUAAAAGAAAAUAUAACAAGUUCUGAAAACGUUGAAGUUGAUACACAGGAUUCCUCAGUAACACGCCCACUGAAGGAAUUACAACGUUUAUUCGAUCUGGCUGGAUUUUCUUCUGUAAAGGAACAAAAACAAUCCAGACUUCCACGAGGUCUUUAUCCUGUUUAUAUGUUCAUAUUACGACCUAGAAAAAUCAUACGGAAUUCUGUGAGCAAUGUACUACAGUAGAAAUAAAUAGUUCACAAUUAUCACAUAGAUCAGUUUAAUUCCGACAUUGCACAUAACAAUAAAUAUAUAUAUAUAUAUGAUGAUUGUUAAUAUUUAAUUCUUUGAUAUGAAUUAAAUUAUAAAGAAAAACAAGAAAGACCACUUGAAAACCAUACACAAGAAUAAUUUUUAAAAAUUUUAACACUUUUUAAUUCAAUAAAGUUUAUACUCAACUGGUUUAUUUUUUUCAGAUACAAAGUGUCGAUUCACUAAAUAAAAAUAUUUCAAUACUCUAAAAUUUACCAUAGUUUAAUUUCAUUUUGGUCUGAUUUUUUCAUACAUGAAGUGUUGAUUCGCUUCCUGCGGCGUUGAGUUUAUAACACGCUUUUUUACUGCGUGAAAAUGAGCCAAAACAUGCAUGUAUAAAUCAUUCUCCAUCUGCCAUACUUGCGAAUUUUGAAUUUUCUUUACAGUUUCUGGGAGAGGGUCAAUUUUUUGGGUAGUUUGUCGUAAGUGGGA